AUGCAUGUGGGCUGCAACUUGGAAUUAACAACAAAAUCCAUGAGGGGCAGUGAGAAGACAGAAGUGAGGAGUGAAGUGUGGGAGCAGAAGGAGUCAAAGAUGAGGAGAGGCAGUGAGAAGACAGAAGUGAGGAGUGAAGUGUGGGAGCAGAAGGAGUCAAAGAUGAGGAGAGGCAAAAUGAGAGAGACAGAGAUGAAGACGGAGAGAGGGAGCAGCGAGGGAAACCAAAGGCAUGUGGAGUUCAGCAUCACUUUGCUUGGCUGCACUGUGAUUAAAGCGAGGCUUCCCUGGAGAGAGAGGCGGCUCUAGGCCUGCCCAGUCAGUUCUCUCGCUCCCUUGAUCUCCUGCGUGUCGCCCACAGAAACAUACCGCCAAACCUUCAGGAAAGGGCUCCUUUUAUUGCUCUGCUCCCCCUCCACUCCAUCGCCUCCAAAGAAACUGCAAAGCAAGCACAGAUUGUCGUGGCAUGAGCUCUUCUCAAUUUAACAGGAAGGAGGUCUGCCUCAUACAAGCAGCUACCCGGAUCUGGGAGAAGGUUUUUGAUGUUUUAAUGAAGAUAUUUCCCGCCUUGUUUCUCAUGAACUUGUCAACCUUUUGAGAUUAGGUAAAAAGAGAAUAUUUGGCGAGUGAUUUUCCAGCAAGUUUCUGUGAAAAAAAAGGCAGAAAUGUGAAAAUGUGCCUGUUAAAUCAUCAUGAAGCCCAAGAGGGGGGCUACUUCUGCUCCUGCGUCUUUCAGAGGAGGUGAAAACCAGAACCCUGUAGACUGGAAGCCAGGAAGAAAAGCCCGCAAAGAAAAUGUCGCCCUCGAUCUUAACCCGUUUGUGCCCAAAUUUUUUCAGCGUUGUAAGGCAUAUCAUUUUAUCAGUUGAGUCCCCCUGAAUCAUUUUAUGUAUUUAUUUAUUUUUUUCAUUUUGUACUUCGUUGUGAAGAAAAUAGCAUUGUUAUGACUGGCAACAAGUCUUGCCAUUAUUCACACAGCUUAUCACCAGGUCAAAUGUCACCUAAUAAUUACAGACAAAUACUACUAUUACUACUACUACUAAUGAUGAUGAUCAUUAUAAUAAUAAUAAUAAUAAUAAUAAUAAUACAAAGUCAAAAAUCUGCCAAAGACUGGGAAAUGCUUUUCUCCUGACACCAAAUAAUUAUUAUUAGAGCAGCUGUAAAAAAAAAAAAUAUAUAAUCCACAGGAUGAAUGGGGCCAAAAUAUUUUCUAAAUAUUUUUCUUAGAGAGAAAUGUUUAAAUAAUUAUCACAUAUAGGUUAAAUCAGCCAUUCUUGAACGGAACAAAGAAAGUCAUUGUAAACUAGAAAAGCACUCGGACCUCCGCCAAGCAGCUCAUGUCCCCCCUUAUAUUGUGAUUCACACCAAAACUUUUACUGUUACGUGUCUUUAUUAACUUUUAUUUGUGUUUAAACUGGUAUGUUCACUGUUCAUAAUGUUCCUAAAACAACAAAGCUCAUAUUAGAUACAUAAAUGCAUGAUUUCUUAUGCCAUAUUUUUAAGCGUACACUUCCUUGCACUUCAUUGGUUAUCUUUCAGCAUUGAAAAUUCCAACGACACCCUUAUUUUUGUGUGUUCUGGAUCACAGUAUUCGAAAUUUUGUCUGGAUCAGGAUCAACCUUUGACACCUCAUAAAACUCAUUGAGAUCCUUCUGUGUAAUUUUUUACUAAAGACUCUGGCCAUUUUUAUAGAGUUAAAUGAAAAAAAUCCUUCAAAAAAUUGCUGGAUCCAGAAGGCGAUCCGGAUCACCACCAAAAUGUAAUGGGAUCCUCCUGGGGCUGAGACGCACCUGUGGUGAAAAUUUCAAUCCGUCUGUAACUUUCUCCGUAAAGUUGCUAACAGACAAACAAACAAACAAACCAACACUACCAAAAACAUAACCUCCUUGGUGGAGGUAACAAGCUCUCAUCAGAAGUGUGAAUGUGUCUAGACAGCUGCACUGCCUUAUAUGGAUGUCCCCUGUUAGACAGGUUGAUCUCACAUAAGGAUACAGGUCCCCUCUAGGCAAUUUAAAAAAAUAAAUAAAUAAAAGUCACAUUUCAAGUAACAUUGCGGUAAAAGACCUGAAAAGACAAAUUUCUAUUCAAUUUUUGUUUUAUUAAAAUUACCAGAAAUAGGGGUCCACUUUUGGUCAGUCUGGGCUGAUAGUCUACUGUUGCUCAAUGUCAAUGUCAAGUUUAGUGCUUUACAAUAACGAAGCAGUAGCAAUAAAAGCAAGUCAUACAACAGCAAACAGCAACAACAAAAGACAUGUAACAUAUAAAUGUAAACAAAAACGAAUAUAGAACCAAUACAAGUAUCAUACUCUGCCAAAAGCUAAAGUGCACAGGUGAGCUUUUGUGUGUGUGUGUGUGUGUGUGUUGGGUCGCGUUGUAGGUGUGGGCAUUGGUUAUGGUAAGUACUUGUGUGUCAAGAAAAGUGCACCUCCAACUGCACAUCAACAUUUUUUACCUCAGUGAAACACAAGCUAAUGUUAGCUAGCGAAAAAAUGACAUAUGUUAAUGUAUAAAAAACUAGACACACAGACCUUGAAUACCUGUGAAUUUAUUUAGCUAGAAAGAGUAUUCUAAGAGAACUAAAAUGAGCCAUUGAACAUCAUUCUACAAUUUUAAAUAAGUAAAUUAGGAGGAAUCCUGCAGACAGUGUUUUCCUUUAGUUAGCGACACCUUAUGUACCCACUGGCAACUUUUGUUGCCACUCACAGAAAUAAGCCCAUGAACAAAAAAACAUUUAUCCUAGGUACAAUUUUUUGGAAGAGUGUUACUCUAGAAACUUGAAUGAUUAAUUAUUAUUUGUUUGGGGGGAAAAUUGUAAUUUAUGAAAAUUACCUCUUUCCAGGAAGAUUUGCAUCGGCCAUGUCUUCAGCCGGAAGGAGCAGGUAGCAGAUGAUGUCAUGUGAUAGGAAGCACUUGGAAAUUAUUUUGAAAAAAAUCUAAAUGUUUGUCUAAGUUGUCUACUAGCGUAGAAGUGGAAAAAAUUACAUUAGUACCUUUGAGAUUUUUAUUGUGAGUUGAAAAUGACAGUGAUACACUUUGUCAACAAUUGUUGCCAGUGGGGCAAAACGGGUUAAUUUAAUUCCACGUUCAGUGGUGGUGGGCUGAUCAGGCCGUCAGGGGCCCCGUCCCUCCCCUGACCUUUCUUCCUCUGGUCAAGUGACCUUCAGUCCCUGUCUGCAGAGCGUCUGACAAGGCAGCCGAGCGCCUGAGGGGGAUGAGAGAAGAAAGGCCGUGACAUUACACACAUUCAUGAGGCGCUGCAGCCAGGAUAAUUACACCGAUACUCACUUAACAUGCAUCGCAGGCGAGCCUAUCAUUUAUCAGCCGCAUGACCUCUAGCAAAGGAUCGCUUCCUCUGAUCUGUCUAAUUAUUCCGUUUUUUUCCCCUCUUGUCUUCGUCUCUUUCUUUUA